ACUCUCGCGAUACAUCAGGAGGUCUCGCGAUAUUAGACGCAUCUCAUUCGAGCUAAACUGGAGGGAGUUCAGUGCUUGACUCUCCAAAUGGAUUUAGAGGAUGACACCACUGUGUUAACAACCUUGAAGUCCUUCAAUUCCUUCAUCAGCCACUCUAAUAAUGCUCCACAGAGGCUGUCCGAGCACUCAGCGGGGAAUGGAAACCUGCAGAGUCAGUACAAACGCAGCAUGGAGUUGCUGGAUGCAGCAGACAGAGUUCACUCCAAGAAUCGCUACCUUCAGUUGGACCAGGAGAAGAAGCGGAUGGAGCUGAGUCACAAGCGAGCUCGAUUUGAACUGGAGAAGGCUGCUUCUGACAGCGCACGAGACUUUGAGCAUGAGGUUGACCGGAACCAGGACCUCUUGGGGCAAAUAAAAAAGUUGGGGGAGAGAGAGACUGAUGCAGCUAAGAACCUAUCAGAACAGGUGGAGUUAAAUUGUGCUCUCCGUCAGAACCUGAAGGCCCUGAACAGGAAACUGGAGGAGCGAGACACAAGACUGAACACUGCUAGCCAGACCAUCAGUUCUUUGAAGGAUGAGAUCAGAGAGCUGAAGCAGAAGAUUCAAAACCAAGACUCGACAACUUCUUCUCAAGCCCUUGAAAGGCAGGAACUGCAGGAACAGUUAGAUUUGCAACGCAGGAAGUAUCAGGAAGUCUCUCAGCUUUGCCAAAGUCUCCAAGCUGCCCAGUCCUCCUGCUCGGAGCACAUCAUCAAGAUAAAGGAGUUGGAGAGGUGUCUCACCCUCCAGGAGCAAGACAUCGCCAUUGUGAAGACUAUCAAGUCUGAGGCGGCCAAGGUUCCAGACCUGGAAAAGGAGUUGAAGUGCCUCAGAGAAGAUAAUGCCUUUCUCAGGGAGAGCAGGGAGAACUGCAGCCUGUUGAAAGAGGAGGCGGAGGGGCUGAGGAGGAAGCUGGAGAGGAUGCAGAAAACGAAAGAAGAGCUGGUUAAUAUUGAACUGGAGAAGGAGAGGAUGGCAGAGAAGCUCCAAGCCUGGGAAAACCUUGGGCAAUCUACUGGACUCAACAUAAGGAAACCCGAGGAUCUGUCCAGGGAGGUGAUUCAGAUCCAGCAGAGAGAAAUUGCUCUAAAAGAGCAGAACUACAAUCUCAACAGCCGUGUGAGGAGUGUGGAGCGUUCGCAGUCUGAGCUCUGUGCAGAGCUGUCCCAGCAGCGCAGCAAGACCCUGGAGGAGCAGAAGAAGAGGGAGACACAGGACGCUCUUGUCCGUCGACUACAGAAGAGAGUGCUGUUAUUAACCAAGGAGCGUGACGGAAUGCGUGCCAUACUAGAGUCCUAUGACAGCGAGUUGGCACCUUCUGAAUACUCUCCUCAACUCAGCAAACGGCUCAGAGAGGCAGAGGACAUACUGCAGAAGACACAGAACCACAAUGCAGAGAUGGAGGGACAGUUGACCAAAGCACAAGAAGAGACCGGGACUCUGAAACUGCAGCUGCAAACUGUGGAGCUGGAGCUGGACUCUCUAAAGAAGCACCAGGCCUCUGCUGCUGACAGCAACUCUUUGGUGAACAAAGAAGAGGUCAGCAUACUCAGGCAGAGCUUAUUUAAUCUUGAGGCAGCAAGAUCGAGGGUAGAGGAGCAAAAUAGUUUUUUGCUUUGUAGACUAAAACAACAUAAACUGAUCUUUAUCUUUCUGUCUCAGGGAGACUAUGAUCCCGUCAAAACCCGAGUUCUCCACUUCAAAAUGAACCCUACCUCUGUUGCCAAGCAACAGCGCCAGCAGGAUGUUGAGGCUCUUCAGGAGGAAGUGACACGUCUCAGGGAGCUCGUGCGCUCGUUGCAGGAUGGAGGUGCCAUGGUCCAUUCACAAGACGACUCAAGUAUGCACGCCCCCAGCCUUGGCCUCAGUUUUCCGCCAUCAAAGGAGGUGCUGGAUUUACGUAAGCAGAUGGAGAGCUCAGAGCUCCGGAACCAGAGGCUGAAGGAGGUGUUUCAGAGGAAAAUUCAGGAGUUCCGCACAGUCUGCUACGUCCUGACCGGCUAUCAGAUGGAUAUCACCACAGAAAACCAGUACAGGCUCACCUCAGUAUAUGCAGAGCACAUGGACGACUCCUUGCUCUUCAAAAAGGGCUCCAAUGGAAGCAUGCAGCUCAUGGAGACAGAGUUUUCAAAAACUUUGGGCGAGAUGGUGGCCCUUCAUCUGCAUCACCAGAUGAGCAUCCCAGCAUUCCUCUCUGCUGUGACCCUCGACCUCUUUAGCCGACAAACCGUGAUCUGAAGUAACUUGACACCAACUCUAUCACACAGCUGAUGCAUUUGGGAUGGUAUUAGUUUUCUUUUCAAUUUCCUGUUUUUUUUGCUCUCUUUCUUGCUAUUUUUCUGUCUCAUAGGCUAUUCACCGAGUUCUCUCAACAGCUUGAUAUAGAAGUAGUGUAGUCAGUGCUGUGUUGUGGAAGAUGAACUCCGUGUUUGAUGAAAUACUUCUAUCUUGCUAAGAAAGCAACUUGGUCUCCCUAUUUGUACGCUGAAUAUUUCAUCAAUGAAACUUUGAGAAAUACCUUUUUCUUAACAGGACGAAGUUGUUAUUAAAAUGCCACACAAAAACCACUAAAAUUUUGAUUUGGAGCAUGUUUUUUUACAUUGGAAGUUUGAAGCACACUCCCCACCAAGUUCAGUACACACAGUGUGGAGAAAGGUUUAUGUGGUUCUCUGGAUCUGUAGUAGAUGCAUGUUGCGUGGUCUUUACCAAGACUGCAUCUUUGUUGACUCUUUUUAUUCUGCUUUUUGUCUCCUCUCUCUUGGGGAUUUAUUUAAAACGUUUUACACCAAUGUUUUGUGGUAACAGCUAUUCCACGCCGAUCCAAUUUAAAUACAAGAUCUGUGGAUUUUUCUUUCCUUUUUUUCAUUCAAGUCCUGGGAUGUAUUAAAAUUAGAUUUUGGAUUUAGUGUUAAUCAGAAUCUAAUUUAGUCAUGCCAUAUGUAUGAAUUGUUUGUUUUUAAUUAUUAUUGAACUAUAAUUUGAAUUCAUGAUUAUGUGUUUGAAUUGAAGAUAAUGUCUAAACUCAAAUUCCCUGCACUCAUCUCUCUCUGGGUCCUUUCUGUUAGAAAAGGGAAUAAUUGCAGAGGUGACAAAAAAACGGAGAAUACGGAGAUAAACAUUCAAAAUUUGGACUACCAUGUGAUCCUAAGACCACAGAGUGUAUAAGCGCAAUAGGGAGUAGAGAGAUGGUUGUGGAUGUGGAUCUAUUACAAGCCCUGUUGCCCUCAGUAAGCUGUUUUCUUCAUUCAUUUAAAAUGGAGAAAACUAAACAAAUAAUCAUGACACCAAACCAUUUGAGAUGUAGUCUCGCAUAGCCAAACCUACUUCAGCGCUGUGGAGAUAGAUCUGGCUGAUCCCAUUAUCAUUCUGCUGUAGGGGAAAAAAACAGACUCUGGCUUGUUUGCAUUUCUUUGAACCAAUCACAAUCGUCUUGGGUGGUGCUAAGGCCCGGAUGCAGUGACGGUGCCCUUGCGGUAAAAGCUAGCGGAAAGGGGGAGAAGAAUGCCGCUUAAACCCACAGUCUACAUCCGGAUGAGUCAGACUAUAUGAGAAGUUAAUUGUUUUAAGUCAUUUUAAAUAUUAUAGAUAGCAAACAGCCUUACCUUUCACCUUUUUUUAAAAAUGCAACUGCUUUACGAUAACAUUACUGCAACAACACACGUUAGCUUGUCACUCAUGUUAGUUUAGGAUUAGAUCACGUGGGUUGUGUUUGAAUUGAUUGGAGUGGAACAACACUUGAGUUCUCAGGUUUUGAAUCUUUUUAAUUUUUUUUUUUUUUUUAAUCACAGGGUUUUAAACUAUAUACAUAUUUUUAGUUUCCUCUCCUGAAAUGCUUCAUACACAUUAUUAAUAGUAGCAGAUCCCCCAGGAUUCUUUAACGUGAAUGUUAACAUUUGUUUUGUAACCUUUUAUAAUGCAGAAAGAAAUCUUUGGAUAUUAAUCUAAUUUGAAUGACCUUUGAGUUCCUCCUGUUAUGAAUUUGGUUAACGAUCAUGCCCGUGUGUGUCGGUGCGAGUACGAACACGAGAUAACACGAGGCAAAUUUCUAGGCAGCAAUAACAAGAAAUGGCAGAAAUAAACAUGGGGUAUAGAGGAAGCAAGGAAACAAUCCAAUAAAACUGAGAAACAAAAGGAAGCGAGCUAAGAAUAAAGCCACUUAUCACAGCAACAAACAUGAGAACUCCAGCUGGUGCAGCCAUAUGUCUCAUGAGAAAACAUAUUCUCCUGUACAGUACAUGCCACAAACUGUCCUUGGUUCUUUCUUUUUUUACAUUCAUUUUCACAACACAGCACAUCUCCUCCACACCCCACCGCUCUCACCUAGAGGUAAUAUUUUAGAGUGUUUCAUAUAAGCUGUGUAAUACAUACAGCACUGUAGUAUACAGUGUUCUCAUUCAGGCAGUGUGUGCUGUUCUGUGGCUUUAUUGCUAUUGUCCACAUCCAAUAAAAAUGACUGUACCUCUUCACUGUUUUAAAUUUGAAAUGCAAAUGUAAUCAAUAAAGCGUAUAUGUGACUGACCGUUGACAAUUUGA